UUACUGCGCUGCAAACUGCGGGGAGCUGAACGGGUUUCCCUUUCUCUCUCGCUCUCUCUCUCUCUCUUUGAAUGCGACGCACCCCUUUCGUUGCUCUCGUUUGCUCCACCCACCCGUGCCUUCCACCUCUACCAAUCUGGACUCCUAUUAUUGUAGUUUAGCAAGUUCGCCAACAUCAUCACCAUCAUCAUCACCAUCAUCAUCGUCACCAAUCGGGCGCGCUAGGCUCGCGAACCCCCCUCGGCCACCCUCGGCGUGCGAAUAGAGCGUUGAGCUUGUGGUCUAGUCCCCAUCGGCAUUCCGGUUGCCAUUCCGUGACUGUCGCUCCGUGCAUUCGGACCGCAAAAUUGGCGCUACAGCUAGUGCUGUUGCUACUUCUGACCGCCGGUUUUUGGUGGCCUUCUAGAGGCGAGGGUGGCUUGCAGAGCCAAGUGGCCAACGUGACAACGAGAUCGCGUUCGGUUUGCAAAGUCGCUCGCGAGGAAAGAGAAAGCGCUUUAGACGGAGAACGGGCAAGGACCACAGCUACACCUAAAACGUAGCACCAUAUCGUAAGCAAUCAUUGCAGCAGCAGCAACAACAACUACAACAACAACAACAACAACAACAACAACAACAACAACAAACAACAAAAAAGGGAAAGUCGCCCAAAUCGCGCCAACUACAAGCUUGCCACGGGUCGGUUCCAGCAGCAGCAGCAGCAACGGAAACAGCCAGCCAGCCACAGCAGACAACAUGUACAUUGGUGGCGUGGAAGGCGGCGCAACGCACUCGACGCUGGUUAUCUGCGAUGCGGCAGGUGCGGUUGUGGGACGGGCGAAGGGCCCGAGCACGAACCACUGGGCGGUUGGCAUAGCGGGUGUCGCCGAACGGAUUGCGGUGAUGGUGCGGACCGCAAAGCAGGAGGCACAGAUACCGGACGACCAGCAGCUGACCGCGAUCGGGCUCUGCCUGAGCGGUGCCGAAGCGGACGAUACGAACCGGGAACUGGAGGUGUACCUGCGGACGCACUAUCCGACGGUGGCCGAGCGGUACGUCGUGUGUAGCGACACGAUCGGAAGCAUCCACGCGGUGUCACAGGUCGGCGGUAUGGUCAUCAUCGCUGGCACCGGUUCGAAUACGCUGCUGCGCAACCCGGACGGUAGCACGCACGGUUGCGGUGGCUGGGGACACAUGAUCGGCGACGAGGGUGGCGCUUGGUGGAUCUCUCGCAACGCGAUCAAGACCGUGUUUGACCAUCUGGACAACCUGAUGCCAAGCAAACUGCCGAUCGAUCGCGCGUGGAAGCUGAUCCAGGAGCACUUUGGUGUGCGGACGCAGCACGAUCUGCUCGACCAUUGCUACGGGCGGUUCUGCAAGACGACCUACGCCGGUCUGUGUGCCAAGCUGGCGCGCUGUGCCUUAGAGGAGGCCGAUCCGCUCUGUCGGGCACUGUUCGAGGAGGCCGGUGUGAUGUUGGCCCGCUCCGUGUGCGCCCUUCAGCAGCGCAUCUCGCCCGAGCUGCUGGACCAUAGUGGCGAGCUCGGGGUCGUGUGUGUCGGUUCGGUUUGGUUAAGCUGGGAGCUGCUGCGGCCCGGCUUCGUACUCGAGCUGCACGAUCGCCGCUUCCCGUACGAUCUGCGGCUGCUGCGCCUGAAGACGACGAUGGCAGUCGGGGCCGCCUACCUGGCGGCGGACACGUACGAGCUGCCGCUACCGCGCACCUACAGCGACAACUACGAUGUGUUUUACACACACCGAGCGUCCGCCAGUACCAACGGCAACGGUGCCAAUGGUAGCAAGUAGAGACGCGUUCGCGUUCGCGAUGAAACGUGAAAAUUGGCUAUGAAUUGGACAUGUCCUUCACCCCCCCCCCCCCCCCUCCACCAGGUUCUAUUUUUCAGGUUUCCUUAUUGUACUGCUGAUCUGCUGCUGCUUGUAUUAGCACGUGACCAGUUGGGCUGUUACUGUUGAACUGCCACCGAGUGCUCCGCGAGCUUGAGUUUUUUGUGUUUUUGUCAUAGAGAGAAAGAGAGAGAGAGAGAGAGAGAGAGAGAGAGAGAGAGAGAGAGAGAGAAAGAGAGAGAGAGGAAGAGAGAUUAGACGUUAGGCUAGGCUAGGAUAACGGAUAGUUAGCGCAGAAUCGCUGGCGAUAACAGAGGAGACAUAUUUUGCUUGGGGGCCCCACCAUUCCUAUGGCUAUGCCGUUUUUUUUGUCUCCAUACACUCCCUAUUUCCGGAUUCUGUGUUUUGUACGUACGUUCGCACGUAUAACGAACGAAAAGGCAGUAUUGAAUUGAAAUGAAGAGGCAGCAGUAGCUGUUACUGUUUUGUUUAAUGCAGAUGAAAACAACUUCAAUAAAUACGACGUCCAGGGUAUGAGGGAGGUCCUGGGUAAGGA